UACAACGAAAUUUGUUUUACAUGCACACGUAUAAAAAUUGCGGUUAUAUCCAACGCAAUCAUAGGUUUGAACGUAGCUUUCAAUUUCGACUCGUUUAUAAAACUGAUGCUUUGUCAGGGAGAUUGUUAAGAAGAGAAUGUUAGGAUUAUUUGCAUUUUGUUUAGUGUUUGGAAAUGUAUAUGGAUGUACAUCCUGUUCAACAACGCUCAAUGCGACAUUGAAAGAAUUGAUGUUGUGCAAGUCACACCUAGUCGUCGGUCUGUCGGUGUCUGUGGUCAAAUCUGACAAAGUUUUGUUUGUUGAAGGGUAUUCCAAUGAUAAUACAUCUGUGACUGGCGACACUCUAUUCCAGAUCGCAUCCCUAUCUAAAGCAUUCGCCAGUACUCUGUUGGUGAAACUUAUCGAAGAGAAAACAGAGUAUUCCCUGGAUACCAAGAUUAAGACAAUUCUCAGGAAUGAUCAUAUUUUUAACGAUAGUCUGAGGUCUGAAUACACUACAGUCCGUGAUCUACUGUCUCACAGAACAGGUAUCCCUCAGAAUAACAGGAUACGACUAAAUACCAACAUUACAAGAUCAAAUCUUUUACAUCGACUCCAAUACUUGAAAGCAGAAAAAGAGUUCCGAGGUAGUUACAUCUAUAGUAGUCUGCUGUAUGGUCUAGUCACACACAUAACAGAGGUGAUUGGUGGAGAUAGUUGGGAGAAUCUGGUCUCAAAAUUUAUAUUUGGGCCCCUUGGAAUGACAUCUUCCGAUUUUGUGACGACAGCUAAUCCAGAGAAGAUAAAUUUGGCACAGGCGUAUGGGGAUUUUUACGGCGAUUUCCAUCCGGUCCCUUUCGAGUUUUCAAAGUACUAUGGAGAACUUUGUGGUUCUGGUUGCAUAUUGUCCACGGCACAGGAUAUGACGAAGUGGAUGACUUUCUAUCUAAAUGGCGGGAAAUUAUCGGAUGGCAGGAGACUAAUAUCCGAAAAGGCCUUCAAAGAAAUUACCACAGCAGUCAAUACCGUACCUAAUGAUAUGUAUACGUAUAAAUAUUAUACUAAACCUAAAGUGCCAGUCACCACUGCUAUCUCAGGGUAUGCUCUUGGUUGGAGGUCGGGGUUUUAUGGAGGAAACAGGAUGUUUAUUCAUGGCGGAGCAACUUAUGGAUAUAGAGCAAUGCUGUCCUGGUACCCGGAUGCUGAUCUUGGAAUAUUUAUCGCACUCACUGGGAAUGAUCCAAAUUACUUCAUCAGACAAAUACUUCACAACUAUAUAUUUGAUAUCUACACUAAUCAGACACCUUACCUCAACAGCAGUGCCACAAUGUGUUCAUUUCCACAGCCAUGGUAUGAUUAUACUCCCAAAACAAAGCUAAAUGUUACAAAGAGUCGUGCUAUGAGCAGUCAGAGGAAAGAUUAUUUUGGCAACUAUUACAAUCCUGCAUACGGUCACAUUCAGGUUAAAGGUCAUGAAGAUAUGAACAAACUUACUCUCAUAUUCGGCGUAUCAACGUUUGUUCUAUAUCCCAAGGAAGCAAAAGAUGAGUUUUAUGGCGAUUCUGUUGGAUCAACUAAAUAUCUUUUUAAUUUUUACACGUUCAGAUUUGUUAUUGAGCGCGACAAUCCAUACCUAGAGAUUCCGACCUUUGAGUCGAUGUCACCACCCGUUUUUCAAAAGUCACGUGAUGAUGCUAACGGAGCAUUAACCAUCUAUCAUUCUGGAUUUGAUCAUCUUACCUUUCUGGUAGUCGUAUAUGUUGUUGCACAAAUAAGAAAUUUAUAAUUACUAGUCUUACAUUAUAAUGUUGGUCUAAUUGUAAUGGGUUCUGAUAUCAACUCAAUUUCAAAACCGUUCAAGCAGGGACGUAUAACUAACAGUAUAAUACACGUCCUUGGUUCAAGUGAAGACUUUACUUUGCAUGAUAAAUAAUUUUUCCAAUCCGAAAUAAGUGAACAGAACAUAUAUUUAUUUGCAUUAGGUUAUUUUUAUUUCCGACGCAGCUCAUUUGUCUCGAUUACAUGUGUUUUCUAAAAUAUAAAGCAGCAGUAAAACUGUUCAUUGUCCAAUUUCAAUGUGCAUUAAGGUAGCACAAUACAAAGAUUGUAUACUUCCGAUUCACCAGUUUUGAAAUACUGUAAUUUUUUUAUGCUUGAUAAUUAAUAAAAUUGGUAUCUAUGGGUAGCUAACAGAUUACUCUUUCAAAUUAAUGCAAUGUUAGUAUUAUACAACAAUUAUGUAAUCAAUUAUAAUGUUAACUGUGUCUCUAAAAAUUACAAGAAAUUUUCACUUUCAA